CGCGGCACUAUCUCUUUAUAAAGUUGUUGUUGCGGCUUCCGCCGUGGGUGGAGGAAGAUGGCGUCGGGGGGUGGUGGCUGUAGCGCUUCGGGAAGACUUCCUCCGCCCUUCCCCGUCCUGGAGCCGGAGUCCGAGGGAGCGGUCGGGGGGUCAGAACCAGAGGCCGGGGACAGCGACACCGAGGGCGAGGAUAUUUUCACCGGCGCCGCGGAGGCCAGUAAGCCCCAGUCUCCAAAGAGAAUUGCUUCCCUUCUUCCCAUCAACAGUGGCUCCAAAGAAAAUGGGAUCCAUGAGGAACAAGACCAAGAGCCACAGGAUCUCUUUGCAGAUGCCACAGUGGAGCUAUCCCUGGACAGCACACAAAAUAAUCAGAAGAAGGUGCCAGCCAAAACACUCAUUUCUCUUCCUCCGCAGGAGGCCACAAAUUCUUCUAAGGCCCAGCCAAGCUAUGAGGAGCUAGAGGAAGAAGAACAGGAAGACCAAUUUGACUUGACAGUUGGUAUAACUGAUCCUGAGAAGAUAGGGGAUGGUAUGAAUGCCUAUGUGGCCUACAAAGUUACAACACAGACGAGCUUACCAAUGUUCAGAAGUAAACAGUUUGCAGUGAAAAGAAGAUUUAGUGACUUUCUGGGUCUUUAUGAGAAGCUUUCAGAGAAACACUCCCAGAAUGGCUUUAUCGUCCCUCCUCCCCCGGAGAAGAGCCUAAUAGGAAUGACAAAAGUAAAAGUUGGGAAGGAAGAUUCUUCUUCUGCAGAAUUUCUUGAAAAACGGAGGGCUGCUCUAGAAAGGUACCUUCAGAGGAUUGUGAAUCAUCCUACCAUGUUACAGGACCCUGAUGUCAGGGAGUUCUUGGAAAAAGAAGAGCUGCCACGCGCCGUGGGUACCCAGACAUUCAGUGGUGCUGGUCUCCUCAAGAUGUUCAACAAAGCCACAGAUGCAGUCAGCAAAAUGACCAUCAAGAUGAAUGAAUCAGACAUUUGGUUUGAGGAGAAGCUCCAGGAGGUAGAGUGUGAGGAACAGCGCUUACGGAAACUGCAUGCCGUUGUAGAAACUCUAGUCAACCACAGGAAAGAGCUAGCGCUGAACACAUCGCAGUUUGCAAAGAGUCUCGCCAUGCUCGGGAGCUCUGAAGACAACACAGCAUUGUCACGGGCACUCUCCCAGCUGGCUGAGGUGGAAGAAAAGAUCGAGCAGCUCCACCAGGAACAGGCCAACAAUGACUUCUUCCUCCUUGCUGAGCUCCUGAGUGACUAUAUUCGCCUCCUGGCCAUAGUCCGCGCCGCCUUUGACCAGCGCAUGAAGAUGUGGCAGCGCUGGCAGGAUGCUCAAGCCACACUGCAGAAGAAGCGGGAGGCUGAGGCUCGGCUGCUGUGGGCCAACAAGCCUGACAAGCUGCAACAGGCCAAGGAUGAGAUCGUAGAGUGGGAGUCUCGGGUGACUCAGUACGAAAGGGACUUUGAGAGGAUUUCAACUGUGGUCCGAAAAGAAGUGAUACGGUUUGAGAAAGAGAAAUCCAAGGACUUCAAAAACCACGUGAUCAAGUACCUUGAGACACUCCUGUAUUCACAGCAGCAGCUGGCAAAGUACUGGGAAGCCUUCCUUCCUGAGGCAAAGGCCAUCUCCUAAUGGACCAAGGACACCAGAGCCCACCUGCCUGACGCUGCCUUUUUAUACACUGUCCUCCUCCACCUCUGCUGGACCCCAGUGAUGCAUCCUGCCUAGCCUGGACUUCACCCCUUCCUCCCUGCCCCCAUGGCCAAGCUGUCCCCAGUCACUCUAACCGGUCCUUCAUUUAGCUUCCAUAUAUAUUUUCUUACCUGAGAGAAUAGUUUCUUGCUUUAAGCAAAAAACCUAUACUAGGUGGUGGAAUUAUGGGAUAGGGGUGGAGUAUUGAUAUAAAUAUAUAAAUACAAAUGUAUAUUUUUCAGGAUGUGGUUAGGAACUGGGAAUAACAUUUUCUGUUACUCCUGAUGGUACCAUGAAAAGAUUAUGUAAUAAAAUACUUUAAAAUCGGG